AUGUCACCAAAGAAAUGGUCGAAAAACACGUUCGGCUGGGCGCGUGCCGAAGUGCUCGGCGCGUUGGUGAAUGCUGUGUUCCUGGUGGCGCUGUGCUUCAGCAUCACGGUGGAGGCGGUCAAGCGGUUCAUAGAGAUCGAGAUGAUACACGAUGCGAGGCUGCUGGUCGCCGUCGGCACCCUUGGGUUACUGCUCAACAUCUGUGGACUGUUCCUGUUUCAUGAACACAGCGGGCACGGACAUUCGCACGGAGGUGUUCCACCACCAUCCAACGUGAGGCACCUCACUGAGAUCGUGAACAGUAAUGCUGACAUGGCGCUAGGCCACAAUGCGACGGACACGGAGGAAACAGACGAAAUGGUCCCGCCUAAAGUCAGCAAAGUACAGAAUAAUAACAAGCAGACGCCAUGCAGGGCGAACAACGAUCCAGGACACAUGAAUAUGAAGGGAGUGUUCCUGCACGUCUUGUCUGAUGCUUUGGGUAAGUGUUUGAUUUGUUUGCGACUUAAUACUAAUUUUGAUGCGGAUGUUGAAAGGGCAAAAUCAAAAUCCUACCAUAUUUACCGUUAAAUUUGCGUUCAAUUG